AUGUCCGACCGCAGGGAAAUCCGAUACACUUAUGAAGACCCAAACGCCUUCUUCGAGCAAGACAAGAAGGUGACCGAGGAAGACACCGGAGAAGAUACAUGGCCCUCAGCUCAAUCACUACCCCCUAUUUGCUUCCCCCCUCCCUUGACCGCGGGCGCAAUCGAGAAGCUCAAGGGUCUAGGAGGGGUAAUCAUCCAGGAACUUGAGGACGAGUAG